AUGCUUUUGUCUUUGGUGGUGGAUGCUAGUGUGUCCUUGAUGCUGUCACCACGAGAUGAUGAUGAUGACGACAGCCACCUCUGCAUCAGAUGCAAUGCCACCAUCAUCGGUCUCGACAACUACGUCAAGCACAGAAAAGAACGAUGUUCUAAAUCCAAACCCCAACCGAAAGUCGAAAUAGCCAUCGAUCCUUUAGAACCCACUUAUAACCUCGGAGCAGACGUGUUCUUCCAGUCUUUAGAACUUCAAAGCAGUGUUAAAAAGACUUCCCUAUCACGACUGACACCCCCGAUACCCAUUUCUAAAGCUAACUUAGACAGAAAGAAUGUUCUCGUGGUAGCUUCUACUUCUUGCGAUAUUAGGACCAUGAGUCCAGUAGAAAGUAAUUUUAGAGGUGGCGAUUGGAUCGGUGGACACAGUCUAAGAAUAGGCGUCAAUGAAGAUAAUCAAACUAAACUAAUUAAUGCAGUAGCCAGUAUAAGCGGAGCUGUGAAAAAAGAAAUACCAACAUCUUACAGUAUCGGGCCUUAUAACGAUUUUAAACCUGAUGACGAAUCUGAUGAGACAGAGGAUUCAGAUGACGAAGAUGAAGAGGAACCACCGUCAGGUGGCAAAUGGAAACCUCCUCCGAAUUACACCGGGGGUAAAUGGAGACCGGCAUCCCCGGAUCACGAAGAAUGGAUAAUAAGAGAUGAACAAGAACAUACGGGUGGGAAAUGGAGACCGAUCAUGGCUGAUGCUAAUGAUAGAGAUGAAGAUUAUGACGCACCACCUCCAGGACAUACUAAAGGGAAAUGGGUACCAGGAGCCCAUGAGAAGUCACAGAUCAUGCAAACAACUAUACAGAGAAAAGGAUCAGUUCUAUACUGGUGUGGUCCGUGUAAUAGGAGAUUAGGUUCCAGAGCGAUUUAUGAGAAGCAUUUACUAUCAAAACUGCAUAUGAAGAAAGUACUGCCUGAGAAUGAGUUAGAGUUCUCAGGACAUUUGCAACCAUUGAGAAGUACUGUAGAGCAAAGUAGUCGCAAAUUAAGAUCGGUUAGUAAACCUGAACCAUCAAAAAGUAUUCUCAAAACGGAACUUGAAAAGAAAAAGAAAAGAAAACGUAAAUUGCUUUUCGUGAACUGUCCUGGCUGCAAAUCGAGAGUUCGGCAGCAUUUGAUGGGCAAACAUUUAAUAUCUCAUUAUCAUUUUCGAAAAGCAUCAACUGUUCAUAAUCAAGUUUACCGUCAACUGAUUGUAGACAACAUUGACGUCAUCGUUCACCAAUCUCCUUUUCAAUGUAGCCCCUGUAAAUUCUACACGAAUUGGUUGUCGAAUUUCAUGCAGCAUUGGUCUUCAGAAGAGCAUAGCCAGGUAACAUCUUCCAUGGAAGGCCGACACUGGUGUUCUUUUUGUAAAUUCGAAUGCGAGACUUCAAUGGAUAUGCUCCUGCAUUUAUCUGGCGCUGAACAUAGUGAAGUGGUGGCGGUUAUCAACAGAUCUAUGCCAAUAAUCAUUAGAAAGAAAAGUAUUCUUAAAUGCGAGACCUGUUAUAGAGAGUUUCGCUUCAACGCAGAAAUCAGACGACAUUGCAAAUUGACAGGCCAUCAAUUGACGUACACAGCUACAGAUGAAUAUCAGGAGCUGCAUAAUUGCCAGCAAUGUGCAUUGAAGUUCAAAUCUUCCCUAACUCUGGCUGCUCACUUGAAGUCCGUUCAUAAUCAGAAAGCGCACAUGUGCUUGGUAUGUUCUCGAACUUUCUGCUCAGCAGAUGAGGCGAAACAACACAGGAACACUUCAGAACACAGACUGAGAAGGAAGGCGAAUAUGAAAGCGCGUGGCUUGCCUGUCAAAGAAGUUAGCAAGAAAUGCCCGUAUUGCAUUGAGAAGAAAACUGUUUUGGCUAAUGUUCUUGAGCUGAAAAAUCAUAUUAGAAGCAUGCACCCGAACAAUAAAACAAAAUGUCCAAAGUGCGGCAUGUCCUUCACCCUCCCUCAGGAGGUGACCCGCCACAUCCGCUCCAACGCCUGUCAGUUCCGCAACUGGCUUGCCCCCACUUCCAACCACCAGCUCUGGAACUGCAGCCAAUGUCUCUUUACUACGGAUUCCCAAGCGGAAUGCUUCUUCCACGAGGUUCUGCACACGGCUCCGGUGAAAGAAGUUCAUAGGGUUGAUGGUCAAGAUAAGAUCAUCCUCAAAUACAGAUGCCCUCUUUGCCCCAAGAACUUCCGCAAGUCCUCCCUCCGCCACCACCUCCGCCAGCACACUUGCGAGCGUCCCUUCGUCUGUAAACAAUGCGGCGCUAACUUCACCAGGAAAUCCAGCCUGGUCAACCAUGUGCAGAAGGAGCAUGUGACACCCAAAGUGAAAGAAGAAAAAGUGGUCCCGGUGAAAGGAGAAAAGGAAUGUCGGAGGUGUAAAAGGAAGUUUCCAAACGCACGUGAACAUUUUUUGCAUCCCUGCCUGGCUGCGAACGAGCUACUGUGCCCCUACGAGCAAUGUAACUACGUUGCUUCCACGCGUACACAAUAUACUAAACAUCACGCCACACACGGCGUACAACUGAAACACCUGAGUUGCCCCAAAUGUUCGUUCCGGACCAAUCAGAACAGCCAUCUGAAGCGACAUCUCAUUUGUCACGAAGCCCGCAAACCGUACAAGUGUCCGCAUUGCGAAUUUACUUGUGCGAGUUUGGAGAACCUUCGUAAGCACGCUCUCAAACGGGCACAUAAAGCCCUUCCACUAUACAUGUGCGCAGGCGCCGACUGUACCUUCGGAACGAACACCGCUACAGAGCUCCGCUCGCAUCUCGUGCUCGCUCACGGGGAUCUGUAUGACUCAAGAACUGCUGUGGAGGCUGUUAGAAAGCAUUUGAUGACAGAAUAA